ACACUCAGACAAAAAAGAUGAUCCAAUAAUUGACUCGAGCCGAUCCGGCUCUGAGUCGGGCAUUGGCUUGGCAUUAGGCUUCAACUCGACUCGAUCGGACACGCACCGGUUCUUUCGGUUUGUCCGGUUCAGGGACCAAAAAAAAAAAAAUAGAUGGAGGGCGUGAAACUUGCUCCUCGUACGCAUUUGCGAGCGCUGGUUUGCAGAGAGAGAGAGAGAGCAGCGAGCAUGCUGUCUGCGACGAACCUGAACGAGCACGUCUCGGCGGUCCUCGGCCGAGGCGCCCACCUCAGCCAGCUCAAGCAGCUCCACGCCCUCAUCGUCACCCUCGGCCACGCCCGCACCCAGUUCUUGGUCUUCAAGCUCGUCCGCUUCUGCGCCCUCCACCUCGCCGACCUCCGCUACGCCCGCCGCAUCUUCGACCACCUCCCCUCCCCCAACAUCUACCUCUGGACCGCCAUGGUCACCGCGUACGCCGCCCGCCCGGACCACGCCCCGGACGCCUUCGCCCUGUACCGCGACAUGGUCCGCCGCGGCCUCCCUCGGCCCAACAACUUCGUGUACCCCCACGUCCUGAAGUCGUGCCCCGAGCUCUCGGUGUCCCUGGGCACGAAGCUGGUGCAUGCCCAGGUCUUGAGAUCCGGGUUUGGGGGAUACCCAGUUGUGCAAACGGCUCUUGUGGACGCGUACGCGAGGUCUUGUUGCGACAUUGGCACUGCACGACAGGUGUUUGAUGAGAUGUCUGAGAAAAGCGUCGUUUCGUGGACGGCUAUGAUCUCUGGUUACACGAGACUUGGGCAGAUUGAAAAUGCCUUGUUACUAUUUGAUAAUAUGCCGGAGAGAGAUGUUCCGUCUUGGAAUGCUCUUAUUGCGGGCUGCACGCAAAAUGGUCUCUUUUCCGAGGCAAUAUCCAUCUUAAGGAGAAUGAUAAACUUCUCCGUAGAGACGCGAUAUAAAGAGAAUAGGCCUAAUCAUGUAACAAUAGUGUGUGCACUCUCUGCAUGUGGCCACACUGGCAUGCUUCAACUUGGUAAGGGUAUCCAUGGGUAUGUAUAUAGAAUCGGCUUGGGUCCCGAUUCAUUUAUCUCAAAUUCUCUAGUGGACAUGUAUGGCAAAUGUGGGAGCUUAAAGGAGGCCAGACGAAUAUUUGAAAGGACUGCUAAGAGGAGCUUGACAUCAUGGAAUUCCAUGAUUAAUUGUCUUGCUCUCCAUGGCCAAACCGAGAGUGCAAUUUGUGUCUAUGAGGAGAUGAUGCAGUCUGGAGAUGACGUCAUCCCAGAUGAGGUUACUUUUAUUGGCUUGUUGAAUGCUUGUACUCAUGGAGGGUUGGUUGAAAGAGGACGUGCUUAUUUCGAUAUGAUGACCAGGAAUUAUGGCAUUGAACCUAGGAUCGAGCACUAUGGAUGCUUAAUUGAUCUCCUUGGCCGAGCUGGUAGGUUUGAUGAAGCUUUACAAGUUGUCAGGGAUAUGAAGAUGCACCCUGAUGAGGUUGUGUGGGGCUCUUUGCUUAAUGGAUGCAAAAUACAUGGACGAACAGAUUUGGCAGAAUUCGCAUUGAAAAAGCUUGUUGAAUUAGAGCCAAAUAAUGGUGGUUAUGGUGCAAUGUUGGCGAAUUUAUAUGUAGAGCUUGGGAAGUGGGAUGAGGUCCGCCGGGUAAGAAAGAUGCUAAAGGAGCAGGAUGCAUAUAAGACUCCUGGUUGCAGUUGGGUUGAGGUCAAUAGCCAGCUCCAUCAGUUCUAUUCUGUUGACUUAUCACAUCCACAGACGGUGGAUAUACACAAUGUCCUGGAGAGUCUGUUUUCUGUGGGUGAUGAGCCAAGAUGCUAAUCUCCUAUAUCUAUUGUUUUUAACUAAAGGAGCAAGUACAAGAUCCGAAGAAUGGUGAAGUAGCUGUCUUGAGAUUGAAGUCAGUGUCGACUGGAUUGUGUUUCUGUCACUUUUAGAGUGGCACGGCUCUUGGAUAAGCAGAUGCACCUAGGGUUGAGAGCCUAAAUAAACCUCAUUCACUGAUUGUUUCUGGGAGGACAGGUGUGGGGAUAGCAAGCUAUAAUUUAUUUGGAUGCUCAGUGGAAAAUUUCAAGUCGUCGAAGGAAGACAUAUCAUCUGACCCAGCUUCAGCCUGAUAAAAUUUCUUAUGCUACCCUGUGAACUUGGUUGUUCAGCAACCCCCAUUUCACCUGCUUAGUGGCGACAUUAGAAAUCUUCUUAAAAAAUUUUCGAUGCUGGUAAAGGCAAUUGUUAUAGCAGGAGCUUCAUAGUUUGUCAAUUAGCCUCGAGGAUGUUGACAAAGAGGCUUUUAUGGGGGAACAAGUACCUUUGGAUAUCCAUUUGCAAGACACUGAAUAACGAAGUUUCCCAUUUCCAAGAGUGGCUUGGCUGACCAACUUAAAAAGGCUCUAUGUUGAAGACGGCUAUGGAAAUUUAUGCUUGAGAAGAUAGCUUCAUGUAAAACGGAGAGGUUCUUUAGAUGUAGAAUAAUUACCCCCAAGCAUCAACAGGACAUGGAGCAUGUUUAUUGUGGCACCUUUUCAGCGCAAGAUGCGCAAAAUUUACCCAACAUUCCUUCUAGGUGCAGAAGAUAAGAUCAUUUUCUUCCUCUACUUUAGCCUCCUGGAACCCAGGUCUAGAUCGCUCUUUUACAUAGCCUCAAGUAAGGAGAGCAACACUGGCUCUUUCCUUUUUCACUUGUGUGGAUUGGAAAGAAGGGAUGGGAUUUGAAUUGAUGAAGAAAUUUUGGUGGUGCACGAGAUGCCAUGGAAACGUGACGGAAUCCA